CCAGGUGCUUGUACCUAUUGGCUUCGCCUAGUAGGAAUCAUGCAAGUACUGAAAUGGGCUGAUGUCGAAAAAGUAAAUAGCUUAUGGAAAAAAGCUACCAAAGGGAGAAAGACAUCGCCACCACCAGCAUCUUCAUCACCAGCAUUAUCAUUGGGAAAAAGGCAGAGAGAUCCGACUAUUAUAGAUUCUCCUGCAAAGAAGCAAUGCAUAGUCCCAGAAGUAAGUUGCUUCUAUCCGGAUAUAGAUGUGCCUUUACGGGGCAAUGGGUCUGUAAACACUCUAGAAGUAAUAAAAUCUGCUGUUUGCACAUUUGACCAAAAGACAAUUGCCUUGGGAUCCACCCGCUCCUAUAAAUGUUCGAACCAUUUGCAAGUAGAGUCUAAGUGCAAUGAACGUUGA